UUUCCUCUCAACCUAAACAAAAUUUAUCAUUCAACUCUCUCUCUCUCUCCCUAAACAGAAACCCUUUAAUGGCGAACGUGACUCGCAAGUCGUCGUCGGAGCCUGAGAUUCAAGAAACGCUGCCCUCUGCGAUCUCUCAUGGAUCUAGCGAUCAACUUCCGAUGUCCACUUCCCCAACGCUCGAUGAGAUUGAGAAACAGCACAUCUUGAAGAAAACCCCAAACCCAUCGGUCCCAGCUAUCCGGGAUGUUGAAGAGCCACCCAAUGACCCAACGGAGAGGGUUCUGAACUUCGGCCCAUCGGGGAAACUCAUGAGCUCGAGUUACGAAGUUCAGAACCCUCUCCGUUGGGUCAUUGGGUGGCUGUUCAACAUCCCGGAUAGCUGGGACCGAUUGGUUUGGGAUUUUCUUCAAGAUGUGCUGUUUCUCCUCGAGCAUUGGAGAAGUGGAGAUCGGAAGUUGAUCGCUAGAUCCAUGCGAGUUCGCAGACAGUAGCAUUUCGUGGAUUUCAUCAGGCUCCAACGACGACUUGCGAGUCACGUUCGCCAUUAAAGUUACUCUUCGGAU